AUGAGCCAACAAGCCCGUACUUUCAUCCAAGACGAAAUCCAGUCGCACGACAUUGUCGUCUUUAGCAAGUCCUACUGUCCGUACUGCACUACGACAAAGGAUCUGUUGCGACAGAAGCUUCCGGGCGUGGACGUGGCCGUAUACGAAUUGGAUCGACGUCCCGACGGUAAAACCUUGCAGGACGAGUUGUUGACGAUGACGGGUCAACGCACGGUGCCGAACGUGUACGUCAAGGGACAGCACGUGGGAGGCAACGACGAUACGCAGGCCGCCUUUCGGGCCGGACGUCUGCACCAACUUUUGGGACUGAAACAGUAA